AAGAUACGCGGCCCGCGUUUGAUAACAUUCGUAUCGCUAUCGCCGCGUGUUCCGUGAUAACAACUAGUGCGUUGGACGUUUUUUACAGGAGAAAAAAAUAAAAAAUACGUUUCGAUUAUCGCACGAUGCCGUUAACUUUUUAACGUCGUUUCCGGCCCACCUGUUCAAAGUCCACUCGAUCAAACCGGGUAGAACGCGGCACGAUAAUGGAAGAAAAAGGCAAUCCCAACAGCAUCAAGCUUCCGGAUACAUUGGAGGUUUUUCGAAACCUGAAAAACGCCAAACAGUUCGCCAUCGACAUUGGUGGUUCGCUGACGAAAAUAGCAUAUUAUUCUACAGUAUCAUUUAGGCGAGUUUACUAUGCUACUGAUAAUAUUGAUAUGAAAAAUGGAGAAAACCAGGAUGACAAACUCGAUAAGUUUAUUUAUACUUAUUCUGAACAAGCAAGGUUACAUUUUGUCAAGUUUGAAACUAAAUACAUUGAAAACUGUUUGGAUUUUAUUAGUGAAAAUUUAGUAAACAUCGAUGAACGCAAAGGAAAAAGCAUUAAAGCUACAGGUGGUGGAGCAUACAAAUAUAGUAAACUUAUCCAGGACAAAUUGGGUUUAGAAGUUGAUAAGGAAGAUGAGUUGACCUGUCUAAUUACGGGCUGUAAUUUCUUAUUAAAAAAUAUAAGUGAUGAAGCAUUUGUUUACAAUCGUAAUGGUAGUCCUGAAUAUGAGUUUCAAACAGCUGAUCCACAUGUAUUUCCAUACAUGUUGGUUAACAUUGGAUCGGGUGUAAGUAUUUUGAAAGUGGAAUCAGACAAUUGCUAUGAACGCAUUGGUGGUACAGCUACUGGGGGCGGCACAUUCUGGGGCCUAGGCACACUGUUGACCAAAGCUAAAUCAUUUGAUGAAUUACUCGAUCUUGCUGAUAAAGGAGACCACAGGAAGGCUGACAUGCUAGUAAAGGACAUAUACGGUGGUGAUUAUAAGACACUUGGUAUGCAUUCAGAUUUGAUUGCUUCUUCUUUUGGAAAAAUAUGUCCUCGUCAAAAUGCAGAAAGCGAUUACAAUGAAGCAGAUUUGGCAAGAAGUUUAUUGUUUGCUAUAAGCAAUGAUAUUGGUCAAAUUGCUUGUCUGUAUGCAAUGAUGCACAAUUUGAAAAAGGUUUACUUUGGUGGUUACUUUUUAAGAAACCGUUCACUCAGCAUGCAUACUAUAUCUUUUUCUAUCAAAUAUUGGUCCAGAGGCACUGUACAAAGCUUGUUUCUGAGGCAUGAAGGAUAUUUGGGUGCUAUUGGGGCAUUUUUAAAAGGCACCGAAGAGUGCGAUGGUGAGAAAUUUUCAUGGUUAGAAAAUUAUGCUGGUAGUGGAAGCAACCGUACUCAAUUGACAUGUGGCAAACGUAUAGACCAACUUGAACUUGACCGUUGGGAAUCACCUUUAACAUUUUGCCCUUUACUCAAAGAUCCAUCUACAUAUAUUCCUGAUACAGUUGAUUUAAAUUCUGAUAAAGAAGCUAGAGAAUAUUGGUUGAAUUGUUUUGAAGAAAGUAUUGAAAAUUAUGUGAAGUAUGCAAUUGCAAGUCAACCAACUAGCGAUACAGCUGCUAAACGAGCUGCCAUGUUUAAAGAAAAAUUCAUUUCUCGAGUACAAUUAUUAAAAAUUAAACCAUUUGCAUAUGGCAAUUUAACUGUCAGAGGUCUUUUGGAUACUAUCAACCAAUGUCUAAAAGAAUUUGAUUUUCCUGAUCCAUAUUUAAUUCAAAAACGAACAGAAAAUGAAUAUGCUUUAACUCUUCUUCAAGAACGAUUAGAAGAACUAGAUUCAUUAGAUAUAAUGGAGAGACAAAAAGAAAUUGUCAUGGGUGUCUUAGCUGGCAACACUUUUGAUUGGGGGGCCAAAGAAAUUGUAGCUCUGAUGAAAAAGGGUGAUUUUGAUUUCAAGCAAGCAAGAAAACAAAUUCCUGCAAGACCUUGGUUAAUUGAUAACUUAGAUGAAUGGGUGCAAAAAAUUUGUAACAAACCAUACCAAAAAAUCGCUAUUUUCAUUGAUAACAGUGGUGUUGAUAUAGUUUUGGGAAUAUUACCAUUGACUAGAGAAAUGUUACGUCAAGGUUCAAAAGUAAUAUUGUGUGCCAAUUCUGCUCCAGCACUGAAUGAUGUCACUUAUUCUGAGCUCAUUGUUUUACUACGUCAUGCUGCAGCAAUAUGUCCUAUAAUUUCCAAAGGAUUAAAUGAUGGCACUUUAAAAUCAAUGGAAACUGCUCAAGGUGGACCAUGUUUAGAUCUUAGUCGUUUAGAGCGAGAAUUAGCAAAUGAAUUAAAUACUGUUGAUUUAAUUGUAUUGGAAGGAAUGGGUCGAGCUGUACAUACCAAUAUUGAUGCAGAAUUUUUGUGUGAUAGUUUAAAGAUGGCCAUAAUAAAAAAUCGUUGGCUUGCUAAAAGAUUGGGUGGAGAAAUGUUUUCUGUUGUAUGCAAGUAUGAAAGAAUAAAUAAUUGAAAAAUA